AUGUCUGUGGGCCUGGGGCAGUGCAAGAGCAGUAUAAAAGCAGGUCCUUCCCCUCACUCUCUCAUCCGUUCUGCUUCCCUCUUCUCUCUGUCUCAGGUUCAUCUGCAGCCCCAAGCCAUGUCCUGCUACAGCCCGUGCCGGCCCUGCCAGCCCUGUGGCCCCACCCCGCUGGCCAACAGCUGCAAUGAGCCCUGUGUCAGGCAGUGCCAGGACUCCCACGUAGCCAUCCAGCCCUCACCUGUGGUGGUGACCCUGCCUGGCCCCAUCCUCAGCUCCUUCCCACAGAACACCGCCGUGGGAUCCUCCACCUCUGCUGCUGUUGGCAGCAUCCUCAGCUCUCAGGGAGUGCCCAUCAACUCUGGGGGCUUUGGCCUCUCUGGCCUGGGCAGUGGCCUCUGUGGCUCCAGGUGCUUCCCCUGCUGA